AUGGCUGGACUUGCACCUUACAAGGCCGACUUCCUUCAAGCGGCCCUGGAUGGCGGGGUUCUCAAGUUCGGCAGCUUUGAGCUCAAGUCGAAGCGCAUCUCGCCCUACUUCUUCAACGCUGGCGACUUUUACACAGCCAAGCUGCAGAGCGCCAUCGGAACAGCGUUUGCCAAGGCCAUCAUUGAGGCACGGCAGCAGUUUCCCGGCUUUGACUUCGAUGUCGUCUUCGGGCCCGCCUACAAGGGUAUUCCACUCGCGACCCUGACGAACUUGAAGCUCGGCGAGCUCGACCCUGCCAGCCACGCCGACACGCUGUGCUCGUUCGACCGCAAGGAGGCCAAGGACCAUGGGGAGGGCGGCAACAUUGUUGGCGCCCCGCUCAAGGGCAAGAGGGUUCUGAUCAUCGACGACGUCAUCACCGCCGGGACGGCCAAGAGGGAGGCCAUCCAGAAGAUCCGCCAGGAGGGAGGCACAGUUGCCGGGAUUGUGGUUGCGCUGGACCGGAUGGAGAAGCUGACUCCUCCUGACGGCGACGACACCAAGGCCAUGCCCAGCGCCAUGGGUGAGCUGCGCAAGGAGCUCGGGGUUCCUGUCUUCGCCAUCAUCACUCUUAACGACAUCAUCGACGGCGUCAAGAGUAAGAGCUUGGCAUCAGCAGACACUAUCAAGAGUAUAGAGGAGUAUCGGAGCAAGUACAAGGCCAGCGACUAG